AAUGUAUUGAGCGGUAUUGAGAAAUUGACAAGCCACCAUAUUUCUUAUCUGAGCGUAAUUUUUUUUUUCUGGUUUGUUAUUAAAAGUCGAAUGCUUCGAUGGCAUUUUAACAAACGGAAAACGGAAAAUCAAAAGAAACUCAUCUGUUUGUAUAGUUUGCUGUCGAUAACCAUUGUGUUGUUCAGCUGACAUCGAAAAAAAACGAGAAUAUUUCAUAUUUGUGUGGAACGUCCCUCAUUUCAUUACACAUCGAUUUGAAGCACGCACAGACUCAUUGAAUUAUAAUAUAAAAUAAUGACAACAUAUGCACAGGACCGUGACGGGAAAUAUAUUCCAGCAUCUCAACGACCUGAUGGUACAUGGAGGAAAGCGCGUCGUGUCAAAGACGGUUAUGUGCCACAGGAAGAAGUGCCACUGUAUGAGAGUAAAGGGAAAUUAUUUAUGAAAAAACCCGCAAUACCGGUGGGAAUGUGCCCAAUUGUCGCACAACAAGCGAAAGAGAAACGUGAACGACAGCAGCAGCAACAACAACAACAGCAACAACAACAAAAAUCCAAUAAAAAGUCUGUAACACUUAAUCCAAUACCCGGAAUGUAUGUCUUGCCAAACAGUAGUAGCAAUAGCAAUGAAAACAAUCAGAAAAAGAAGCAAAAUGCCAAGGUGCCCAAUGGUUUGAGUAACAAUGAAUCAAAAUCAACGUCAAAAAAAUCCACACCAAAGCCAAAAUCAACCGCCGCCAAUAACAAUGCAAACGCCCAUGCCACAGCUGCCGCUUCAUCAUCAUCAUCAUCGUCGUCGUCGUCGUCGUCAUCGUCCGGCAACAAUGUGAACACACUGAGCGAUUCCGUCUCAAAUCUAAAUAUCGAUGAUGAUCCAGCCAAAAAAGUAAAAAAAUUGCGGAAAAAAAUCCGCGAAAUUGAAGUGAUCGAAGCGAAACAGGAUGCAGGCGACAAAAUCGAUGCAGACCAACUGCAAAAACUCAAUCGAAAAUCGGAAAUUCUGCAGCAACUGAGUGACCUCGAACAGCAGCUGGACCAUAAAUAAUAAUUGUAGUGCGAUGAUGCCACGCUCAACAAAAACAACAAAAACUACAAACAAACCUGUCUAGUGUUUACUUCAACUCACUCAUUCACUCAUUUUGCUUUAGGUGCCAUUCGAUCAUACUCCAUCACGAUCAAUUCAAAGUCUCCUCCCAAAUCAAUGCCGGAGAGUAGGACAUUUAUCAAAUCUUUUGUAUAUGUAGUAGAAAACAAAAAACAAAAAACAAAACAAAACAUUAACACACAUUUAAUUUCUUGCGGUGAGUUCGAUGUCAAAUGCAAUCCAACCAGAAAAGAAGAAGAAGAAGAAACCUACAACAAAACACAAUGAUUAGAAAUGGUGACGAUGACAAAAGAUGCAACAGAGAUAGAAUAAAAACAGAAACAUUUAAAUAGUAGCGCGUCACCGAUCGCUCGAAAUCGUUCAUAGAUUUAUAUAUAUAUUUUAUCGUAUCAAUAUGAUUAGUGUUGAAGCACACCAGGCGGAUUUACAUAUUUUGAGUAUAAAAAAUUAAUAUUUUGAAAUGGAGAUAACUUGAGAACAGAAACCAAACGUACAGAGAAAAACAAAACAAAUGAAAUCAACUCCGGAGAAAACAAAUGGUUUAGAUAAAGCAAAGCAGCAGAGAAUGUGUAAAAUGCAUACAAAUUUUCAUUCAAGAUCAUUGUACAAUUUGUGAUUUAAAUUAUAAUUUGAAACGAAAAAUGAAAAAUAAAAAGAAAGAAAACUAAACAUGACAAAUACAAUUAAAAUAAA